UACUAGCACGUUUAAUAGAAUGCAUUUCGUUACAAUAGCUCUCACCGCGAUCUGUUGCCUCGGCACAGGACUAUCGGCAAUCGCCCCCGCUCCGGCAGCACCUGCAGCAGUUGCCAACCCCACUGCACCCGCAAGCAAUUUCUACUUGGAGCUGAGGAGUGUGUUGCGGAAUGUGCCAUAUAAGCAGAUCGAGCACCUGGUUCAGGCCUAUCUGCUGAACGAUGCCGAGUUCCAGGCACUCAUCCGGGAGAUCAACUCGCUGCCAACGUAUCGUCUGCGAAUGCAGCUUCUGAAUCAGCCAGAGCUGCGUCAAUUCCUGCAGUGGCUGUCCCAGCAGCUGAUCCUCUCGGGCGGCUCACUCAAGGUGUUCGAGGACCUGGAGCUGGAGAUCAAGGUGCUCAACAAGUACCCCCACUGGGCGCAGUCAGUGAACGGCAUAGGCGGCUUCGGGCAGGAGUUCUCAUUCAUCUAUCCACUGGCAGCCAUUCGCAAUCUGCUCGAGACAAGUGCCCAGCAGAGCGCCGUGUUCGGCGAGUUCUGGCAGCGCGUGGUUGGCCUUAAGCCGGUCUACGAACGCUUCCUGGCCACGACACAGGCCAAAGCAUUCGCCAACCGACUGCGGACUUUGGGUGUUGACGUUGCCGGCUUGGACUCAUUCUUGCGCUAUCAGCUGGGCUGGAGCAAUGACACAGUUAUCCCAACCUACGACUACGACUACAAUUAUGGAUUCUAUUAGGGCCCAUAGCUAAUGAAUGCAGAUGAGUUUGAAAACAA